AUGUUUUCGGAAGAUGGAUUUAUAUUUUUGCUCAGAAUCUUACGCGAUGUGGAAGCGAACACAGUACGUUUAAAAGAACGUGGACAAGAUGUGCUUGUGCUGGAAAAGAUGAAUGCUGUCCAUCAAACUUUUCCAGAUACCUAUCGUAGUAAUCUAGUGCUUUCUAUUGGGAAUGCAACUCUCGACACCAUCGGAGACUCAAAUGUCAAUGCAGGGUCAAGAUGCUGUUAUUCGGUAAUGGCUGGGGUUCCUGAGAAAACUGUAGAAUAUUUGCUCGAAACUCGAAUAGACGCUCAAACCGAUGAUGGCUUAGUGGACACAUUUUUAGAAGAUUUUAUACUUACGCACAUCAUUCACAUGCCUGCAAAUAUUCUAUGCAGUUACCUUAAAAAUUAUUAUAUGCGUGGUUCUACCGUUCGGAUGGAUAAAGCAUUUCCAUUAGAUGAUUAUGAACAAAAAAUUGUUGUAAAACGACGCGUGGUUGCCUUUUUAGACUUAUGGGUUCAACUUCUUGGCUUACGAUUUUUUCUUGACCCCGCAUCGAAUAGCUUUGUUGAGGAGUUGUACUGUUAUGUUCUAGAGGACAGUCGGCAGAUACCAGGAAUGCUGGCUAUUCUAGAACGGAUGUCUGCAAUUCGUGAGCUUAGAGAAAAUGCUAUGCGAACUAUCAAUAGACAUCCAUCGGUAGUUCUCGACUGUGGAGUUUAUUGUUCUCAUUCUCCAGCACCAAAUCCCGUUUUGCCAUUCGAUACUUGUAAUCAAGUGAUUUAUUUAUCUGAUACAAGCUCCUUCACAAUGAGUAUAAGACUGGAUAAGACUGCAGCUGAUAUAUGUGAAAUGGCAAGGGAUAAAAUGCGAUGCGGUGGACAAAGUGAAGACGUACAGUUGGUUGAAGUGAAAAGUAAUGGAGAAAAAAUAAUAUUUCCGCCGGGUGAAAUUAGUGUGCCAACAAUGGUUUCAUUAAAUGGACGUUUGUACAUAGCAUAUAGCGAUGAAAUUGAAACUUUGACACCAAUGCCUCAACACGAUGAACCGUCAGGAAGUAUGCAUUCUUCGUUGUUAGACUAUUUAAGUAGUGUUGAUAUCGCCCAGCAACUGCUUAUUUUUCAUACGCAGUUAUUGGAAGCAACAGAUGAUAUAGAACUUAUCACACAGGUACUUGGACGAGAACAGCUACCUGGUCGGAUUACCUCAAAUUUAGAUCUCCUAAUGCGUCGUUUCAAUGAGGUACAAUUUUGGACCACGACUGAAGUUUUGUUAGCCCGUGGAAGUGCCAAACGUCUUUCAGUGCUCAAAAAAUUCAUCAAAAUUGCAGCACACGCUAAAGAGAAUCGAGAUUUGAUGUCGUUGUUUGCCAUUAUCUUAGGUCUCAGCAACGUUGCCGUCAGCCGAAUCACUCAUCUUUGGGAUAAACUUCCAUCAAAGAUGAAGCAACAAUAUGCAGAUUUCGAGGCAUUACUUGAUCCAUCGCGUAAUCAUCGCGCAUAUCGAAUGCUGGCUGCAAAUAUGAGCGGACCGACCGUCCCAUUCAUCCCGCUUCUUCUCAAAGAUUUGACGUUCACUCAUGAAGGGAACAAAACUUACUUUGCAGGCUUGAUAAAUUUCGAGAAAAUGCACAUGAUUGCUAAUAUUCUGCGAAACUUCAGGCAAUGCAAAUAUCAAGGUACGUUACUCUCAGGCUACUUAAUUGAUGCUGUUGCUUUUGAACAGCGGAAAGUCUUCAAAGCAAAAAACCUCAUUAGGUAUGACAAUCUGUUUUAACA